CGACUCGGCAUCAAAAUCCGUGCUGCUGCUGCUCCUGCCGCUUCGCUCUCCUCUUUAGCGAUAAGCCUCGUAUCUGCAUGCCGUUCGCCCCCCUCCGGUUAGCCUCUCACAGCCCCGCACGGUUCGCGUUUAGCUCGUUUUCGGGCACAUUUCCCCGCAAACCCGCCGGUGAUGGAGGUUUAAUCACGGCAGACAAUUUGAUUUAAAGGGGCAAAGGCAGCCAUAUUGGCACUGGAGCGUUAGCCUAGCCAACAUUAGCUUCCCCCCUCCUCCUCCUCUUUCAUCUUUGCUCCAUGUGUGCUGCACCGUACGUGGAUAAACAAUAACCGGGGACAUUUCGCCGUGUGUGUGUGCCCGAACGCCAAACGGUCGUAUCUUCCCGUUCCUUGUCCGUUUUCGGGCCUUUUUUAACGGCUCCCGUCUUCCCAUCGCGAGCCCUUUGAUGCCAGGUAGCUUCGAGCUAACAUCGCAGGAAGCUAUAAGAUCAUUCAGGGAAACAUUUCUGUCUGCGCAGUCGUUUUAAAACGAGACCACAAGGCUGUAACCAGAUAUUAAUGUUCCCCACAACACAUGUGAACCCGAAAUAACAUUACGAGCUAAUUUAAGCAGCUAUUGACCGCUAGUUGACACCUUAUGGAUGUUUACAUCACCGACGUUCACCUUUUCCCACUCACACAUUAAACCACAACGAGGGGAUUCAUCUCCUCGCCAAAAACUGUUAACCUGAUUAAACCACAAUUUUGUGAAGUUUCAAGUGUAAAAGGGGGCUCAAAGCAGCCCACUGGUAGAUGCUCUUUGUUUUGUUUGUGUUCGCAGGCCACCAUGUGUUUGUGUUGAUGGGAUAAAAACACUAAAUGAUCAAUAGGUUGUGAUAAGAGGCUGAUGGCUAAUUGGUUGUCAAACAGGAACCUUGUAAAACCUCUGAGUCGUAAAUACAAGCGACCUGGAAAUUAAAAGCAAGUUUGAGAUAAGACGUGGUGAUAAAAGCUCAGCAUUUGACCACGCAAGUCUACUUAUUGUCUGCUGGCAUCUAACAUUCAGGCCGCCACAUAGUCAUUUCUUUAUCAUUGUUAAUCUGUAGAUUAUCUCAAUGCAUCUAAUAAUAAUUACAGCCUGUUUCUUUAAAAAUAGAUUAGAAGCAUUGUCUCGAAAGUCAUUCAAAAAUCAAAUAUAUUCAGUUUGUUGCUAUAAAACACAAAAAAAUGAACUAAUAUGCGAAUUUGAGAAGCAGUGGAUUUGAGCUCAAUCUGAAGUGAUUAUCAAAAUUGCUCAGUUAAUCCGCUGCAUGUGUCGGCUUUUGAGUUUAUUAAGAGCCAAAAUUAGAUUGGAGAGAUGCUGUAUGUUUUCACAGGAUUGAGACUGGAACCAACGUAUGCGUAAAUAUGUAAAUUUUUAAUGACGUGACCACGAAACAGCUGAUGCACGGCAACACCAGAGGCAUGUCCAGUCAAAGAAAAAGACAGUUAAGGAUGCAGGAGCCCAACAAUGGAUUUCUCCUUCUCUUUCAUGCAAGGGAUCAUGGGAAAUACAAUUCAGCAACCCCCUCAGCUCAUUGACUCAGCCAACAUCAGACAGGAAGGCACCUGCGACACCGGCAGUGACCCAGGUGAGGAUGGUGGUCCCUCCUAUGAUGCUGCCCUGGAUGCAGAGUUUCCUUACCCGCCAUCAGCCUCGGAGGACAUGCCGCAGGUCCCCAAUGGCUACCCACCGGGUCUGGGCAUGUACGAGCCGCAGGCCAAGUUCUCCAUGUACUCGCAGUUCCCCAACGGCUCGGCCAAUGGCUACGGGGCCGUACGGAGCUACGGAGAUCACGGCCUCAUGCCAGGCGAGGGCACGGUCCUGAGAGGCCCCGGUCUCCAGGAGAGACCCCUGUCCCCCGUGUCUCCCCCACUGCCCACACAUCACCCGCACCUCCACCACCACCACCACCAUCACCCGCAUCACCACCACGCGCACCACUUCCACUCGAACCCGCCUCACAUUCAAACCCACUCGCACCCGCAGAGUCCUCCGCCGCAGCCGCUGCCCUCCCAGCACCACCUGCCCCAGACGCCUCACAUCAUGACCCACAAUCUCCCCCCGCCUCCCCCCUUACACCUGCCUUCCUCCAGUCCUCCCCCGUCCCUUGUGGACAGCACGCCCUCGUCUCAACCCGCUCACGCCCCGUCCAUCACCCCCAGUGGGGUGCUGAAGAAAACCAGCUCUCCGGAGAUCAAGUUGAAGAUCAUCAAGACGUAUCAGAACGGAAAAGAGCUGUUUGAAUCUGCGCUGUGUGGAGACCUGCUGCAAGAACUGCAGAAGGAGUCUCAGAAGAAUGAGGCUGCUCAGAUGCAGCGCAGACAUGAGAGGAAGAAGGAGAAGAGGAAAAAGAGUGCGAGGCUGCAGCUGCAGGUCCAGGAACAGAGCCUGGAGUCCAGCCAAACACAGGCAGGUACCACGGGCCAGACGGAGGACACCCACGUCCAGCCUCAGCCGAAAGAAACACCGCCGGCCCAGACAGAGAAGCCUCAGAAGACCGUUAUCAAAACUGAACCAAAGACGCCGAAGGUUCCGAAGGUCCAUCAUCCGUCAGUGAUCCAAGAGACGGGUUUCUGUAAGGAGUUUGUAAUUGGAGAUCUGGUGUGGUCCAAGGUGGGCACUUACCCCUGGUGGCCCUGCAUGGUCUCCUCUGACCCACAGAUGAAGGUCCACACUCGCAUCAACACCAGAGGCCACAGGGAGUAUCAUGUCCAGUUCUUUGGCAGCGUCGCUGAGCGAGCGUGGAUCCAUGAGAAGAGGAUAGUCAUGUACCAGGGGAAGCAGCAGUUUGAUGAGCUUCAGGCCGACACUCUGCGCAAAACCACAAACCAAGUAGAGAGGAGCAAACUUCUGAAGCCGAUCCCUCAGCGUGAGCGCACUCAAUGGGAAGUGGGAGUGGGCCACGCCGAGGAUGCCUUCGUCAUGACACGGCAGGAGCGAAUUGACAAUUACACCUUCAUCUACGUCGACCCAGACCCUACCGAAGCCCCGCCCAGCAAGAAACCCAACAUCAGAGCUGAGAAACGAAGCCGACGCUCCAGCGGCUCCAUCAGCUCCAUCAGCUCCGUCGGGAAGAAGGACGACGGACGUGUGAAGUCACCAGACAGAGAGCAGCCGCCGCGAAGGCAGCUGCCACGGAGACAGUGUAGUGUCUCAAACACAGACGACAAUGCAAACUCCCAGGCCUCAAGCGAAGAGAAGAACCAGAGGGGGGACCAACGUAAAAGCGGCUCGCCGAAACAGAAUGCCGGCUGCGACGCACGAACACGGCAGGACUCGCCACCUCCAGUCAGGGCGUGGAAAACAGCAGCUGCAAGGAAGCUGCUGCCUCUCUCCAUCACUAUGAAGAGGCUGAAUGUGGAGAUCACAAAGUGUGACUGGCCCCUCCUGCAGAAAAAAGCUGCUCCGUCUCCAAAGAAGGACAAAGAAGAAGAGAACGAGGAGCGAGUGGAGAGAGAGGCCAGGCAACCCGACCUGGGAUACUGCUCACCUGAGCAGGACAGCAGAGCUAAACCUGAGCCCAGUCCAGAGGAGGAGGAAGACGGGGAUGAAGGGGAGGAAGAGGGAGAGGAGAGGAGAGGCUCCCCUGCCAGUCGGAGGAGUGAGGAGGGAGGGAUGCAGCAGACCUCUUCUCCUGGAUCACACCACAGUAGUCCUCAUGGUUCUCAGGAGAGGAAGCUGCAGCGGCGGUCGGUCAGGAGCAGGUCUGAGUCAGAGAGAGGCACCGAUCCCGUCCCUAAGAAGAAAACCAAAAAGGAACAGGCUGAGAUGGCUCCAGAAACCACGCUGAGGACGGGUUCACAGAAAGGAGCCAGUGAGAUCUCAGAUGCGUGCAAGCCCCUGAAGAAGCGAAGCAGAGCGUCAACAGAUGUUGAGAUGGCUUCAUCUCAGUACAGAGACACGUCUGAUUCGGACUCCAGAGGCCUCAACGAUCCACAGGGUUUAUUUGGUAAGAGUCUUGACAGUCCAGCAGCAGCAGAUGCAGACGCUUCAGACACUCAGUCGGUGGACUCCGGUUUAUCCCGUCAGGACAGCAGCACCGGCAAGAGAGACACUGUGUGCCAGAUCUGUGAGGUGUAUGGCGAAGGUUUGGUAGUGUGUGAAGGUGAAUGCAGCAGACAGUUUCACCUGGAGUGUCUUGGUCUGUCGUCCCCACCUGAAGGCAGAUUCACCUGCCUGGAAUGUCGAAAUGGCAAUCAUCCUUGUUUUAGCUGUAAAACAGCGGGCCGGGAGGUGACCCGCUGCUCUGUGUCUGGAUGUGGUUGUUACUACCAUGAGGAUUGUGUGCGUAAACUCCCAGGCACCACCAGCAGCUCCGGCGGAGGCUUCACCUGCCCUCAGCACAGCUGCUCAACCUGCUGCCUGGAAAGGGACCUGCAGCGAGCCAGUAAAGGUCGCUUGAUUCGCUGUAUCCGCUGUCCGUUGGCGUAUCACACGGGCGACAGCUGCGUGGCGGCAGGCAGCGUCAUCAUCACCCAUCACAUCAUGAUCUGCAGCAACCAUGGCAGCGCCAAGAGGAACGGCCUCCUCAGCUCCCCGGUCAACGUGGGAUGGUGCUUUUUAUGUGCCAGAGGGCUGUUAGUGCAAGACCUUACUGACACCAUAUUAAGUUCAUAUGCCUAUAAGUCCCACUACCUUCUGACUGAGUCAAAUCGUGCUGAGUUGAAAUUACCUAUGAUUCCCUCUCCUUCGUCAGCUACCAAAAAGAAUGUUGGGAAAGGAGGCAAGUUGCUGUGCUGCGACUCAUGUCCAGCUUCCUUCCACCCGGAGUGUCUGGAGAUGGAGAUGCCGGAGGGCUCGUGGUCCUGCAGUGAUUGCAGGGCAGGGAAGAAACCUCACUACAAACAAAUUGUCUGGGUCAAGCUGGGCAACUACAGGUGGUGGCCUGCAGAGAUCUGCAACCCUCGCUUGGUACCAUCAAACAUUCAAAGCCUUCGCCACGAUAUCGGAGACUUCCCCGUCUUUUUCUUCGGCUCCCACGACUACUACUGGAUCAACCAGGGCCGCGUCUUCCCGUACGUGGAGAACGACAAGAACUUUGUCACGGGUCAGAUCAACAUCAACAAAACCUUCAAGAAAGCUCUGGAGGAAGCAGCCCGACGGUUUCAGGAGCUGAAGGCACAGAGGGAGAGCAGGGAGGCUUUGGAGCAGGAGCGCAACUCUCGCAAACCUCCACCUUACAAAUUCAUCAAGUCCAACAAGCCAGUGGGGAAAGUGCAGGUGCACGUAGCCGACUUGUCAGAAAUCCCACGAUGCAACUGCAGAUCAACAGAUGAGCAUCCCUGCAGCCUCGACUCACAGUGUCUCAACCGCAUGCUGCAGUACGAGUGUCACCCACAGGUGUGUCCUGCAGGAGACACCUGUGAGAAUCAGUGUUUCUCCAAGAGGCUUUAUGCAGAAACCGAAGUGAUAAAGACAGACGGGCGUGGCUGGGGCCUCAGGACGAACCAGGCUCUUAGGAAGGGCGACUUUGUGACGGAGUAUGUGGGAGAGGUGAUAGAUUCAGAGGAGUGCCAGCAGCGAAUCAAACGCGCCCAUGAGAACCACGUGACCAACUUCUAUAUGCUCACCCUCACCAAGGAUCGUGUGAUAGACGCCGGCCCAAAAGGGAACUCGUCCCGGUUUAUGAACCACAGCUGCAGCCCAAACUGUGAAACCCAGAAGUGGACAGUGAACGGUGACGUUCGCAUUGGACUCUUUACCCUCUGUGAUAUCGAGGCUGGCACAGAGCUAACGUUCAACUACAACCUGCACUGUGUGGGCAACAGGAGGACGUCCUGUCACUGUGGAUCAGACAACUGCUCUGGAUUCCUCGGGGUACAGCCAACGAGUGCUGUGGUGAUGGAGAAAGAGGAGAAGGCCAGAAACGCCAAGCUGAAGCCGAAGAAGCGGAAGAUGAGGAUGGAAGGCAAACACACUCAUGAGUACUUCUGUUUCUGCUGUGGAGAAGGAGGAGAGCUGGUGAUGUGUGACAGGAAGGACUGUCCGAAAGCGUAUCACCUGCUGUGUCUCAACCUCACCAAGCCGCCAUACGGACGCUGGGAAUGUCCGUGGCAUGACUGCAGUGUCUGUGGUGCUCCGGCUUCGUCCCUCUGUGACUUCUGCCCUCGAUCCUUCUGCCGGGACCACGAGGCGGGAGCUCUCACCGCCUCCUCCCUAGAAGACCGCCCCUGCUGUUCCAGCCACAACCCUCUUAGUCCGCUGGGCUCCAGCUCCAGCUCGACCCAGCCUCGCCGCUCCGCCAUGAGCCCCGCCAAGGUCAAAGAGGAGCCGGAGGAGUCGGGCCAGUCGGCCACCGAGUGACGCCGCAGCUCCCUCAAUACCUCAUUCCCUGCACGGUGCCCGGCGCUCCCACCUCCGAUAUGAAGCAGCACACCACUAAAGGGAAUACAGUGCUUUUUAACCAGUGCGACGGCCGCGAUCCAGAGCCGAGACACUCUGACGAACACCUCGAUGCCGUUUGUGGCGAGAGCAGAGCGGAUGGAGUAACAGCAGCGGAAGUGACCAGGCAUCAUUGUGCGGCGUUUUCCCUCCUCUUGCCAUAAAAACACACCACUACUUACACUCUGCAGCUCGCCUGCGCCCAGCGGAGGGCCCAGACCACAACCUCAUUAUGUUGUUUUUUUAAAAAAUUGUUUUUACAGCUGUGGAAAUUUUAAGUGUUGUCGUCACGUCGUCAAUUACCGGCACUUUGAAGAACUCAGCGAGCGAGGUGGAGGGAGGCGUAGGGAGGAGGAAGAGGAGGAGACGUAGAGCUGAACCUCUCCACCGUCAUGCUGCUCCUCUCCUUGUUUACCUGCUGUAAGCUGUGGUCGACAUCUCUCACACUGGACGGCUUCACGAUGGAGGCGAGCCAGCUUUACUCCAUCGCUCCUGGCGUGAUCUGUCAUCCUAUUUAUCUCUUUUUCUUCUCGGAGAAAAAGGAGCAGGGAGGGAGUCGGGGGAGAGGGGAGGGAAAUGACCGAUUUUGUGCAAUUUUUUUCAGGACCACACUACAUUCCAACCUUCCUUAAACAUGGUUUUAAUAUACUUAUGGGUAUAGAUGAAUAUAAUUAUAUACAGUAUCUAUGUUUGUUAAUGUUUACAGACAGAUUCUCUCACUUCAUCUCGGUGAGUGGUGUAUUAUGUUUGUUUGUUUAGGUGUUGAACAUUACGCAGACCUCCUUGUGAAAAUAGUCCUAUUAAGGUGAAAUAUAAUGGUAUAUAGUGUAAUGGUAUGACAUUACAGAAGUACUUGUGAUUUUCAUAUUGCCAGUCUCACUUGCCAUUGUGUACAUAAUUGGCUCACAAUAUUGUAAAGUACUUAAAGAUCAGGAGCGGCGAUGGAAAAACGCCUCUCCGGUUUGUUCCUGAAAGAAGGAAACGCUUUUUUAAAACGACAAGACAGAUCCUUUUUUUUUUUUUUUUUUUUAAUUUUGAAAUUUCACAUUUCGUCCCAGUGUUUCCUAUCAUUUGUAUAGCAGACGGAGGGGCCCAGCUUGUGAUCACUGGUGCUGUCUUAAAGUGUUGUUAACAAGCCUUAAGUUGGAUUUUGGCUGUAGUAACUACUGCCCAGAUGCAGUCCAUUUCAGUAAGUUCAUUUCAGUUGUGUACUGUGACGGCUUCUGUAGUUUUGUUUUGGGUUUUUUUUGCCAAACUUUUCUGAAAAAGCACUUUCACACGGCUCGUCGCUACAUGGUUUAGCUAGGUCAUACAUCUACAGAAAUGUAUACUAAAAGAACAUACGACAAGUGUUUCAAAAAUGGAUACCUCUUUUUCUCGUAGUGACAUUGGAAUUUGAACUGUGUUGUAACUUUUUGCCUCUAGGUCAGAAACACGGUGAAUGCUGGGUGUUUUUUUUUUCUUUUAACUUGAGUUUUUCCUUUUUUAAAUUUUUUUUGAGGAAAGUGGCCUAAAAUGCUGUGUUUUUCUGUUUCGUUGACACAAGUAGGAAUGACUGCCAGCCCAGCUUCGUAUGAAAAAAAGUCCUCGGUAUCUUCCGGAGGCACUUCUUCUUCUUCUUCUACUUCUUCUUCUUCGUCUUCUACUUCUACUAUUUCUUCGUUUUCCACCUGGAGAAAAAUCCUCAAGGCUGGGCUUUAUAAGAAGACAUAACGGUGUAACAACAGUCCAGUCCAGUAUAAUGUACAAAAUACAAACUCCUGUACAGUGUUUUUAAUCGCUCAUCUGUCAAAUCCAAAUUUUUUGUAUUUAUUGCACCACAUUUUAUACCAAUUUCUUUUUCAAACACCAGUGCAGUACUUUUGUCUCCCUCUUCACCGCGGUGUAAGUGAAAUAGACUAUUUAAAAAAAACAUGGGGAGUUUUACAUAAUAUACCUGUAUUUAGUCCUAUUUUCCUUUUUGUUUUUUUUUUUACAUUGGGUGUAAUGAUUCCACAUUUGGUAACAGCCGCAGCUCAUCGGCCUGUAUCGUGACUCACUAAUAAUUGGUGUUAAAAGCAGUGUGAAGAAGUUCAGUAUUGGAAUGUAAAGUUUCUGUUUCAGACUCCAGCAAUCAUCACAGGAGGAAACUUUUCUGUCAUCAUGCCUCAGCUUUUUGCUCGUGAUUUGUCCUUAGUUGCUUUUUUUUUUUUUUUUUGUAAGUGUUUUAUGUCCUUAAAAGAUGCUCUUUUUUGUAAACCUUCCAUGGUGGUUGGUGUCAAAAGUCGAGAAGCAGGGUUAAAUGGUGCCAAUGUUUCCAAAUCAGUUCAAAUCUUUUUUAUUGUCUCCUUGAAUGCAAACAGUAGAUGCACACGGUUGCCUGUUUAUUUGGUUGAACUCAUAGUAAAUCCUUCAUGAAGGUUAUAGUUUUUAGUUUUCAGAAGUUACUGUUGAGCUGUCAGGUGUUUUUAUUAUUUCUGCCAUCUAGUAGAUAACAGAAACGCUUCUAAAUUCAAACUGCCACCUCCAAAAUGACCCCAAACGCCUCUCAAGAAACAAAAUCUUUACACUUUGUGAAGGGUUUAUUGCAGGACUGCUGCAUUAGACUGCAUGAGCUGCUUUAACCUGAUAAACUGGCCGCUGAAUGUUAAUCAUAAAGCAGACAAAUCCAAAAGAAAGGGGGGAAAAGAGACGUGAGCCACUGAAUGCAGAAAAGUAAUAAAGUUCUCAGCAUUUUUUAAGCUGUAAACUUCAGUUACACUGUUAAAUAUACUUAAACACAUAUUUGUCUCUUUUCCUCUUGGAAAAUGGUCUAGAAUCAAGAAAUAUGCAAAUAUUCCUCUUCUCAAAGGUUUUUACUUCACUAUAAAGUCCACUUUUGGUGCAAUGGAACCUUGAAAUUACCACAUCAAACGUAUAAGUUGCAAAUUAGACCAUGAGUUGGGAUUUAAAUUAACAUUUAAGUUGAAUGUUUGUUAAAGGCAGCCGCCAAAUGUCACAAUUAUAAUAAAUAAAAUCACACGUUUAAGUGACUUUAAUAUGCUAAAUAUGCACACGUAAAGACACAACACAGGUGCUUAAUCGCAUAAAGGAUUCAGAAAAAGAACUUCUGCUUAUUUUUCUGUGAGCUUUUUGCCUUUAAGCAUCAGUAUUUAUGCACACAGUUUUUCUUGCUAUUCAGCAGCUCUUCUCCUUAUUUUUCCCAUCAUUGCUGAUGCUUUUGAUGGGCGUUUUUUUUGUGGACUCCUGAAAAACAAACGUUAUUACAUCUUUAUCAGGUGGGUGCAUCAUUGACGCACUUAUACUCAAAACAGUCAUCUACACUUGAAUAUUCUUUAUUUUUUUAUUUAUUGCUGUGUUGUUUUUAAGACAUCCCUGACUUUUGUUGCUUCGAUAAAUACGACUUGUGAUGACAUAACUGGUCUUAAAGCCUUUGUUUUAUUUUGAAGGUUAUUGUUGUUCAGCUGAAUUGCAUGCUCCUGACACCAGACAGUGAUUUAACGCCAAUGUUUUUUUGUUUUAUUUUGUGUUUUUUGUUACCAUAUUGCACAGAGAUUCAGUAAAACCGAACAGCCUUUAUUUUUCUUUGCACCUACAGAUCGCAUGACCACGAUCAUUUCCUUUGUGCCAGUUUGUCACCCUUGUCAGCUGAUUCAGCAGCAGUAUUACUCAUUGAAGUGUCCCCGCGUUCACCGUUUCAACAGCUAUCUGAUGUUUGAUGUUUGUUGUUGCCCACAUUUGUUUGUUUUUGUUUGAAGAGACAGCAUGUUUGUUCUCGUUUAAGUGGCCCUUAAACACGCCUGAGGAGCAUUUUUUCACUUAAAUUUAGGAUGGACCACCCCUCCUUUGUUUGUCAAAGGGCAUGUUUCAGUUCACCGUGACGUCUUUUUUUUGUUUUUUCGUGCAAUGUCGCCGACUGUCAUUAAGUUUUAAUUGACAUUCUGUCGAGUAGUAAUGGAAUAAAGAAAUGAAUUCACCUUCAUAAGCACUCAUCUCUUUUUACUUGUAGUAAAAUUGCUUACAGUAACUCUAACUGGGGUCAUAUCUAUCUCUCUUGGUGUUGCUUCAAUUAAAAACGUGGAUGAACACAAAAUGCCAUGUUGAUUACUGUUCAACCUGUGUUACUGCAUACUACAUAUUGUUGAAGAACCUGUAAAUAGUUUGCAUUGAACUUGCAUAGGAUCAUGUUACUGUGGCGUGCUCUUUUUGCCUGUACAAUUCUGCUUCUAAAUGUGUGUGACUGUUGAGACGACACUCUUUUUGUACAUGACUGUCUUUUUAUUUGAGAAUAUUGAUUCUGUCCUUUUUCAUUCUAAAGUUGAGUUUGAAGAGUUCAGACAUGCCUGAAGUUUGACUUUAAUAAAGCUGUACUCUGUCUCAGUGAAACGCCA